ACAAUUAACCAUCGUCAGCUCAACAAUAACCCUCAACUAAAUACAUAGCAUUCAUCCACACUGAACAUUUAAUCUUGGUCAGACAUUCGCUCAUUUACUUCCGUUGAUUUCCAUCUAAUAUCCAUAACACAAAAACAUCCCCAUCCAAACAAAAAGACGCCGACGCAGAAACCAAGAUCUGUGUAUUCGCAAUGACUACUGAUCACAAACCUGCUUUAGUUGAGUUGUGGAAGCAUCCGAAUCCUUCCUCAACUCAAAUGUACAAAUUUCUAGAGCAUGUAAGAUCUAAGUAUAGCAUUAACAUCAAGGACUAUCCAGACUUAUAUAAAUGGUCUACCGAGAACAUUUCGGACUUCUGGGGAGAAAUAUGGCAGUUUUGUGGCAUCAAAGCGUCCAAGUCUUACUCCUACGUCCUGCCAGGUGAUGUCCCCAUGUUCCCUAGGCCGGACUUCUUCUCGGGGGCCCGCUUGAAUUUCGCGGAGAAUCUCCUGUUCCCGGCCAAAGCAAACGUUGUAGAGUCCUCCGUUGCUAUUAUGACGGUCACUGAAAUUGAAGGGCAACUCGUGUCGACGACAUGGGCCGAAUUGCGAGAGGCCGUUCGCCAAUGUUCUAAUGCCCUCAGGGCCGCCGGCUUAAAGCCUAACGACGUAGUUGCUGGGUUUGUCUCCAAUCACGCGCAGGCUCUCAUCGCAAUGCUAUCAGCAGCCGCGAUUGGAGCCGUCUGGACAGGAAUAAGCCCGGAUAAUGGUGUGAGUUCCGUACUAGAUAGAUUGAUCCAAAUUGAACCCAAAGUCCUCUUUGCGGAUAACGGCACCAUCUACAAUGGCAAAUCGUGGUCUAGCACGGACAAGACUUCAAAAAUUGUCGAUGAACUUAAGUCUAAAGGCCUAGAACUUGUUGUCGUGAUAAGUAACAUCCGAGAUUCUAGUCUAGGCUUAGAAGCCUUGGGCGCGAAAGGGGUUAUGGCUGAAGACUAUGAAAUCUUUUUAAAAAGCGGUAACGACAAUCCCCUAAGAUUCGAGCAACUCCCGCCAUCUCAUCCCUUAUACGUCCUAUACUCUAGUGGGACGACCGGCCUUCCGAAGGCGAUCGUCCACACGGCAUUAGGCACGCUAAUUCAACAUAAAAAAGAACACCUUCUUCACUGCUCGAUGGAUUCAACUUCGAGGAUGCUCUACUAUACCACUACAUCCUGGAUGAUGUGGCAUUGGAGUAUUUCGGCUCUUGCUUGCGGUACCACUCUGAUCCUAUACUCCGGUUCACCUUUCAAACCACAUGGGUACCUUUCACUACCCAAACUCCUCUCCUCGCAGCGAGUAACCCACUUCGGUACCUCGGCUGCAUAUCUCACUACAUUAGAAUCCAACGGCAUAUAUCCUGCUCAGUUACUUGAUCUUUCCCACUUACAAGCAAUAUACUCUACAGCCUCACCUUUGCCACCCUCAACCUUCUCUUUUGUUUAUGAAGCAUUUCCUGCUCAUGUCAACUUAGCUUCUAUUACUGGUGGCACUGACAUAAUUUCUUUGUUUGGUGCUCCAUGUCCGUUGCUUCCUGUUCAUGUCGGCGAGAUACAAUGUGCAGGCCUCGGGAUGGCUAUUAGCGUCGUAGACUCCGUUAGCGGUACUCCAACUCCGGGUGAAGAUGGAGAAUUGGUGUGUAACAAGCCAUUCCCUUGUCAGCCCCUGACAUUUUGGGGGCCUGAUGGCAAAGCACGAUAUCGUGCUAGCUAUUUUGAGCGUUUCGAAGGCAUUUGGCAUCACGGCGACUUUAUACGGAUCGACACAAAUACGGGCGGUUUGACCAUGCUAGGGCGUAGUGAUGGCGUCCUCAAGCCAGCUGGUGUAAGAUUUGGCAGUGCUGAGAUAUAUAAUGUGUUAACGAAGUUCUUCGGAAAUGAGGUCGAAGAUGCGGUGUGUGUUGGCCGGAGACGGGAAACGGAUCGCGACGAGACCGUUUGCUUGUUCAUCCUCAUGGCUGAGGGGAGAAAAUUCUCCCUAGAACUUCGUGAGAAAAUUAUCACUGCGAUUCGGAAGGAAUUAAGUCCAAGGCAUGUUCCUGGUGUCAUAGAGGAGUGCGGAGCAGGGAUUCCCAAAACAGGAAACGGGAAAAAGAUCGAGGUCGCAGUCAAGCACAUCCUAUCCGGUAUCAGCAUCAAAACAAAUGCCAGCGUGGCAAAUCCCGAGGCUUUAGAUUGGUUCAAAGAAUGGGCAGCAACGCACGACUAGGGUCGUAUGUUGUGAGGUUACGAGGAAAUAUGAAGAGUCGUACUUUGGUGCUCCAUUAGCAAUAGAUAUUCCUUAUGUUAAUCUGAGAGUGAAGUUGACUAGGCUACUCCUUAGAUCAGUUAGGGGAUUCGAAAACAUACGAAAUAUCAAGAUGUAGCUAACAUGAGAAGGGAUAUGCAUAUCUCAUCAUAUCCCUUAUAACAAGGACGCCUAUAACCUCACCACAUUAACCGCCUUAACCUUUCCCUCUCGCCAUCUCCCGCGAAUAUGGCGCCAAUACCUUUUUUAGCUAACCCUAGAAUUUCUUCUCGCUGUAGACGGAAAUGGUGCUGAAUUAGCCUCCAUUCAUUUGACAACGGAACACGGAACGACGAUAGGGCCAU